UGGGCAGCAGAUGCAGGCAGCCCUGUGCACAGGGUGGGCAGGUUGCUGGGCCUCCCUUGCCCCCCAGCCCCUACUCAUGGCAGUGGCCACCGUCUUUGGGAGCAGACUGCACACACGGUAGGGGCUGGAGUUACCUGUGGAUGGGCUCACGCCGAGCGCAGGUAAUGGUGUAUCUGGAUACACGUGGGACUGCGUUUCUGUGCCAGCAUGGAGAUGAUCCAGUCGGCCCCUUCGGAGUUUGCUGGUGCUGAAAGACCAUUUAAGAAAGUCCCUGCCAUCCUUUUGGACAGCCUCGUAGAGGAGCCUAGAAAACCAAAUGUUGUCCCCAACCACCUGCUGGAAUCCAAGAUAUAUACAAAACUUCUACAAAACAAGGUCAUACAGGCUGAACCGGCUGUACUGCAUUAUGGGGGGUAUGAAAUCAACAGGCAUCACCAGCAGACUCUGAAGCUGGUAAAUAUUUCUGGUGAUGUAAUAAACCUUCACAUUAUACCACCCCAGACAAAGUACUUUCACAUCAAAUACAGCAAAACUCAUCGGCUUGUCCCUGGCUUGUCCUUUGCAGUAACAGUUGACUUUUGUCCUGAUGAGUGGCGCUAUUAUUACGACUGUGUCCGAAUUCACUGUCAGGGAGAUGACACUUUACUUGUUCCCAUACACGCCUACCCUGCUGUGAAUGUUGUAGAAUUCCCCUCCUACAUAAGCUUUUCUGAUGUGCCACUUGGUAAGAGCAAGGAGUAUGCGAUUCCCUUGCAGUGCAGCUGUCCAAUAGAUUUUGAAUUCCACAUUGAUUACAUUCAUCCUCACAAAGCAUUUGCUGUUCAGCCGACAUCAGGAAUAAUUCCAGCCAAUGGGAAAGUGGAAAUUGUCAUAACAUAUUCACCACUUGAGUAUGGAACAGCCCAAAUGAAAAUGCAGUUAUGGAUUUCACAAUUUAACUCUAAGCCGUACACAUGUGUAUUCACAGGAACAUCAACACCCUUUCUGGGCUUAAGGAAAGAAGAAUUUCAAACACAGAAAAGUGCCUCAGAGAAGAAACCAGGUUCAGCUGGGAAACCAGUGGUGCAGAAAAAAGACCAGUUAAAGCACCCACGACCCAGCGCUUCCCAGAAAGUAAAGGAGAUUGAAUACCAAAACCUGAGAUUCCCGACAGAUCUAUCAAAUCCCCAUGCUGUAGCAACUGUUUUGAUUCAGGAACCUGGCAAAUUAAAGAUUAAAGACUUGAAGGAAGUUCUAUGCCAAGGUAACGAAGGAAUAAAAACAAGACAGAUGAAGGAAGCAGUGUUUGCACAGAAGGUCAAACAAGACAUUCAGGCAGAGGAAGCAAAUCAACUUAAAUGGCAAGUUCAUAAAGGCAAAGAUCCAGUUUCUCUGAAAUGGAAAAAAGAGAUUAUUGAAGAGCGACAAAGAGCGGAAGAACAAUAUAAGAUCAAACGAGGAGAUCCUGUCACUGAGAAGGAGUUUCAGAGGAAUAAAGUGGAAGUUUCUCUCAGGCGUGUGAUCCGCUCUGUUGAACAGUGUCCCAGUGUUCAGCCCAAGUUUGACCUCCUCCUCAAUGACCCUUGGGCCAGCAGACACAGGACUCAGCGGCGGUUUCAACAGAUAGCUUGCAAGGUCCUGAUUCAGUGCCGGCUAAAUCGCAUCUUACUUUUGUUUCGUGAACUAGUGAAAGACACCAGAAGGCAAAGGAAUGAGGAAAGCUCCAUAUCAGCAGAAAACAGCAUUUUCAAAGCCUUGAUCACACCUGUGGGCGAGGAGCACGACAGUGUCGCUUCCAGCUUGUCUGUGAGUCGCGUCUUACCUUUUGACUUCCCCGUGUACCAUCCGCCUCAGAGGUCUGAUGAACUGGCUCCUGAUGCUCUUGGCCCAGUUCCUCUCAAGCCUUUAGACAUGAAAAUCAAACAUACUCAUCCCUUCUACAGUUUGCAGGUUCCUCAGCACUUCAGCGUUAUGAGGUACCAGCCGUUUUGCACACACCAUGCCGCAACAAGUUACAAACCGCAGAAACUUUCCCGACCACUGAAACAGGGAGCCAAGGAUGAACUGAUCACAAUAGUAGCCUCUCCUAAGGCCCAACUUACUCCUACCGCACCUCAGAAAGAUCUUCACAAACAUGAAUCCAUGGCAGAGGGCACGAGCCUUUUAAAACUGGCACCACCCAAAGCCUUACUCCAACCUCCAGACAGUCACCCACUUCGCGUUUUUAAUCCCACUCCAGGGUUGUCAGUUUUUAUGCCGCCUUUGCCCUAUUCAGAAACAAGCAUCGAAUAUCAUCUUUGCCCUCACCCAAAAUAUCCAGUCACCAAAGAAUGCCCGAGGGGAUCCAGCAUCCCAGUGACACAGAAGAAAUUUCUGCAUCGCAAGGAAGUCAUCCGAGGAGUAAUGAACUGGAGAAGAUUCCUACCACUGGUGUAUUCUUGGUCUGACACUCCCAAUCUGACAAACCCAGCAAUGCCUUACUGCAGGGAUCCCUACAGUUUAGAUAUGCUUCCAAGUGAGGGACCUCCAGUGCUGGACAAAUUACCUGAGAGGGACAAGGAAAAUAUAAUCGACUAUGAGACUGAUGAUGAGACUGAGUUAAGGGUUGUACUCACUCCGGAGAUGGUGAAAGCUGAAUUUCCACAGAUUGAACACCUACCACAGGAAGAAAACAAAAGUAAGCCAGGGAAAGAAGAAAGUGAUGCGGCCCUGGAUGGCAAACUUACUUACUCCAAUGCAGUGAACAACCCUACUUCUCCUUCUGGUCGGUUUGAGAACCUCUGUGCCAGCCAAAGGAGCCUGUGCUAUUUAAGACUAAUUUGCAGAUGAGCACAACCUCCUGCAAUGAACACUGGGUUUGGGCUGCUCAUUGCAUCGACUACAACACUCAUCUGCUGUUCUUAUUGUCAUGGACACUGGAUUGGGCCUGAAAUGCUUGCUAAUAAAUUAUUGGCUCCUCCUCUCAUAGCUGGACAGGAAACCUUUCCCCACAUCUUGUCACGUAGCAAAAGCUAAGCCAGUCCAAGGCUGUUCCUAAAAUCUACUAGUAGGAUGUUUUCACUGUCUCAGCAUGAAGAGGGGACCCGUGACCUAUGGAAUGACAAAGUUCAUGGAUCUCCUGGCCAUGCCCUAUCAUCUCUCAGGCCUGUUCUCAGGUUUUGGUGCAGUCAUGGAAAGAGCAACUUUGUAAGAUAUGGGUCUUCUGUUGCUUCCCAGCCACGCUCGAGGUUUUACUCAAGGGUUCACCAUUUUUUGUAUUCUGGUUGCUUCAGUCAUCAUGUGCUUUUCCAUGGGCAAGCCAGAGACUGCAUCUUGCACAAUAAGGAUUGUGGUUAGAUUAACUUCCAACUCCUUGGGUUAUGAAAUCCACAGAGAAGCUGUCACAAAGGCGAAAAAAUGCAAUAAGAACAGCAGACAACAGCUCAUGUAUUCUCAAUAAAAGGCUCGUCAGGACUAUUGUUACACAUAUAUGGGGGUUGUGUGAACGUGUACAUGUGUGUGUUUCAGUGCCCAGAAUGGCGGGGCUAUUACCAGAUUUGCCCAUCACCUUGGGGAUGUGCUCAUUUAUUAAGGAUACAUUUCUAGGGUCUUGGUAAUUCUAUCAAUGUGCUGCUUGUGUUACUUGUGUUUCUAUACGGAGCUGUAUCUCUCCCUUCUGCAAGUCCUCACCCCCACUGGAGCUAUCUUGUAGGACUCAGUUUCAAUGGGGCUGGGUUCCUCCAGUCACCAAAUCAGGCAUACACACACAAACACACACAGAUUAACGUCGCACACCUGACCUGGCUGGGUUGAUCAGCAUGGACAGGCUGACACCCUCAUAUGCCAAGCAUCAGUUCAUCAGAGCAACAAUAAACUGCAGCCAGACACAAGCACACAGCUAAACAGAAUCCCUCUGAAUCCGGCUGGGUGUCCAGCUGACACCCUCAUGGGCCAGCAUUCAGUUCAUUAGGGCACGGCUGAGCCAAACUGGGUCAAUCAGCCUGUACAAGCUGAUCCCCUUAUGUGUUUCAAAUUCAGCACGUCCCAAUCUUUAGCCUCUUGAUGAGCAGACCCCACAGUAUUUUUGGGCUUCACAGGGAUCUCUAGCUUAGGUAAAAGAAGCGUUGCUGCAGAGCAAGUGGGGAAGGAGAAGUAGAGAAGGAAAAAUAUACCCAGUUACUAUCAGUUUGACUAUAAAAGUUAUUUAUUGCUAAGUAUAUGAAAUAUAUAAUGGUACUAGUAGUAAUAGACAUGCAAAGGAAAAACAAACAUGAACAAUUAUAAUACUACCCUGGUUUCACUAAGUAUUUGGGGAAACUUAGCUCAAGCUUAACUAAUACAGUUCAGGUUCAGAAAUUUAUGCCUAGAGAGACAAGAGAGAGAGAGAGAGAGAGCGCUGGGAUCUCACCAGUCCAAGGCAUUUGGGUUUCAGUGCUGACAGGUAAAGUUCUUAGCACAGUCCUUGAAGGGAGACAACAGCGGGUGGUGUCAAAGAGACUUCUCCUCUUGAAGCACACGCACACUUUGCUGCUUUUUUUACAGAUUUUUAUACCCUCAGUUCAGUUCAAAGCAUUCUCAAUAGUAUAAAUCAUUGUCUUUUCGAUUGACAAGGGGUUAUCUGGUUUGGAACAUCUCAAAAAAACUGAUUGAUAAUCAGGAAAACAUAAGGCUAGGGAGUAACCAGACACUUAGGAGCCAGCUUGAAAUUCCUAUGGAUAGCAGAUAUACUGAUGGGAUAUCUCAUGGUUUCUUCAGAAACAAUAGAUAGCUUGCAGCAUCAGGGUUUUGGAUUUUCACAUGUUGUGAACAAGCCUCCGCUUAGCAUGACUUUUCCAGAUCUUACUAUAGUUUUUUUGACAGACUUAAGGCAAUUAUUGGAGUGUUCAUAACCUUUUGUGGAGAGGACUCCCACCAGUCGUCCUGGGAAAAGUAUGACAACACUUGUGGUUAGGACUCCAACGGGCUGGAUGCUUUGAUGAACCCUUUACCAUUGUUCAAAUAUUGCCCAUACCUGCUCUGACUCGGUUUCUUGCCUCAACAUUCCCUAACCCAGCAACCAAGUUUUAGUCGAUCAAGUUUAAAUAGGCCUCCCAUAGUGGGAUCGGGGAAUGUACGGCCCGAGAUGCCUAUUAAACUUUACUUCGGUUAGAGGUGUGUGUGUGGGGGCAGGGGAAGUCCUUUGUAAAUCCAGAUUAGAACUGGUCUGAUAAAUGCUGAGCUGCAUGUGUGUAAAUGUGGGUUGAUUAGCAUUUGGAGCACAGAUUCCCCAUCAUGCAGUGCUCCCCUGCUUCUCUGAUCCCAGAAUUCACUGCAGUCUUUGCUUCGGGCUUUCUGUUCUCCAUCUCCCAUGUAAAUGAAUGGUCAUCUGGUUCCAUCUCAGAUGCAAAUGAGACCUAGGGCAGUUGCUUCACUCUUGUCACCCUUAUCUGGAGGGUUUUAGGUGUGUCUUCCACUGCAUUUUAAUCAGUUUUGUAUAAGGGGGGGGAAUUCUUUGCAAGUCAGACAGGCUGCGUCCUGUGCCAGGGUUCCCCAACAACACAGAGCUGAGAGGUAACAGGGCUAGAACAAUACUCGUUUCCUUACUGUAAGCAUUUAUUUUUUUUAAAUACCCUCUUGAAAUUGCUCCUGAUAUAUUCUCACACUAAGGAGAGCAGUACUGUCUUAGCAGAGUGCACACAGUUCUUGUUACACAUUUCAACACUUCAGAUACUCACAUAAAAUGCACUUAGGCUUCAUUAAAAUUAUCUCCUGGCCUCAAAAAUGCAAGCUGUUGUGAAUGUGAUACAUUGGCACAAAUGUCUUUGGCUUUAUCAGUAUUUUAUGGCAUUGUACUAGCACUGUUAUCAGUACAAAUGACUUUCUCAACCU